AGAACAUUUCUCAUACAUGACACUCACUGGUUAGUGAGACGUUUAGUUUGUUACCUCCCACCAACCCCUCAUUCUCCUUUCGCAAAAACCUUCUUUCUCCACUCUUUUCAUUUCUUAACACUCCCUCUCAUCACAGAUCCACCAACAUUUUUCUCUCCUCAUGGAAGGUUUGGUGAGUUACGGGAUCAACCCAAUUCGUGUAACUCCCAUUUCAAAGCAACGAUCUUGUUUUCUCGUUCAAUCAGAACCGAAUCUAACAAAGAGUGUUCGUGGAAUUCAAAUUGGGAUUGUAAAUAAGAAUAAGAAGAAGCAGUUUUCUCCUUUGAUUAUGGCUGCUGCUGUUGGAAACACCCAAGUUGGUCAUUUUGAGAACACUCUUCCUUCCAAAGAAAUUCUGGAACUGUGGAAGAAUGGUGAUGCUGUGUGUUUUGAUGUGGAUAGCACUGUGUGCUUGGAUGAAGGGAUAGACGAGCUUGCUGAGUUCUGCGGGGCUGGAAAGGCUGUUGCAGAAUGGACUGCUAGAGCAAUGGGUGGUUCUGUUCCUUUUGAAGAAGCCUUGUCUGCUAGAUUAUCUUUGUUCAAUCCAUCUUUGUCUCAAGUUCAGAAUUUUCUUGAGCAAAGGCCACCGAGGCUUUCUCCUGGCAUACACGAGUUAAUUCAGAAACUAAAAGCCAAUGGCAAGCAUGUUUAUCUAAUCUCCGGGGGCUUUCGUCAAAUGAUCAAUCCUGUUGCAUCAAUACUCGGGAUUCCAAAAGAGAACAUUUUUGCCAAUCAACUACUUUUCGGAAGCUCGGGUCAGUUUCUCGGAUUUGAUGAAAAUGAGCAUACAUCGAGGAGUGGAGGAAAAGCCACUGCUGUACAACAAAUCAAGAAGAAUCAUGGAUAUAAAGCAUUAACUAUGAUCGGAGAUGGUGCAACCGAUUUUGAGGCUCGUAGACCAGGUGGUGCAGACUUGUUCGUUUGCUAUGCUGGUGUUGUACUUCGACAAGCUGUUGCUGCAAAAGCUGAUUGGCUAGUUUUCAAUUUUCAAGACCUUAUAAAUUCGUUAGGGUAAUUUUUUCUCCUUUCUAUGUUUCUUUUCGAACGAGCGUGAUAGGAUUCAUAUUUUUUAAGUUACCCUUUUAUAAUAUCAAGAGAAUGGGCGAAAAAUGGCCGGAAACAUAUACAUGAAAUUCCGGCAAGAGCCAUUAGAGAAAGAAUUUUCUUAAACUAGAUAGAUGUGAUUGAUUUUUUUUUUCCUCUUGUAGUUCAGAAUUACUCUUCUUCCAUUGUUUUUCUUUUAUCUUUGGGAGUGUUAUUUUAUUCAUGCAGAUGCAGAUGCACUGCAUUUGUUGUAUCAAUGUACUUCAAUAAUGCAUUACCUAAGUUUUUAAGUUGA